UAUUAACGCUAAAUACACCGGGAAUAUCUGGGUGUAUUCUGAGUCAGGAAGGCGACUACACCAAAACACGCGCCGCAUAUAUCAUCGUUAUGGUGUUCGUUAUUGUGAAUGAAUUGAUAAUACUCGCAAUGACCCUUGCUCGUAUCAAUAAAAGCUCCGAUAAGUCUUUCUCCGGACUUUUGGAUAACUUGGUGCAUGGUGGAUUGUUCUACUGUGCUUGUAUGACUGUAUUUUCAAUUGCAAACCUCCUAACAUGGUGCAUUCAAGGAAGCUAUCCAGGAAUACUCAACGUGUACCAGACCACUUUCCACGCAAUAAUGGCUUCACGAUUUCAGCUCCAUACGUUCAAUGCAUCCAGGACGUCACACACGCAAUGCGAUUCAACAGUAGCUUCACUUAGAUUUGCGGAGAACAUGAACCAAUCAUCACAGCGGGAAAUCAAUGAGCUUCUGGUUUGACGAUUAUAGAACGAGGGAAAUUUUAUGUACUUCGUAGUUUGUGUCGACAUUAUAUCAGAGCCUAUGGCAUAAUCCAAUCACUCCGUUUCCC